AUGGACGAGAGAGGAACAAGUCCUGAGUCAUCCAAGGUCAAUCGCUCCGCUUUGGUGAUAGACGGCACUGAGAUUCUCAACUUUGACGGCACUUUCCUCCGCGUGCCUCGUUCGCGAAGGGUGCUGCUUGCUUCAGCGCCCGGCGUGGCCUUCUUUUACAUGUUCCAUCCACAAUCCUCGAGGAGCGCUUGGUGUUGGCGAACGCAUCUAUCUUCCUGGGCCUUCAACCACAUCAAGGGGCUCUUUGGAUCAUACGACAAUGAACGAGGCAACAACAGAUUGAUGAGCAAUGGUAGGAACGCCUCCAGCCUACACAAGCUGCUCAACUCUUGGCAAGAGAGUCGCAACUGUGCCACGCCCGCUAUCAGGCCCAUGAACCUCAAGCAGGUUCCUCUCAAGGAAAGCGUCUUGUAUGACAUCCUGUUCUUCCAGAUGAAGCCAUGCCAGCUUGUGGUGAGCUCUAGGCUCAGAGGUGCCGUGUUCAUCUUCGCUUGCUCAUACCAGUCGUUCUGCCUCAAGCAAAGCGUCAAAUUCCCAUUGACUGUCUUCUAAAAGAAUUUCACCCAACCACUGACUGAAAUUGAAACAUUUUUACAGUAAGACAGCAAAGCAUUUCUAAAAUAUAACGAAAA